AUAUCCCCCCAGAGUGGUCCGCUAGAUGGGGGCACCUUGCUGACGGUUCAGGGUAAGAACCUUGGUCGGAGGGCAGAGGCAGUGAAGGUCUCCAUCGGAUCUGUGCCAUGUACGCUCCUUCCUGAACGCUACACCGUCUCUGUAGAGCUGGUGUGUGUGACCGGGAGGUCUGAAUAUGAAACGGCAGACAUUGUCCAAGUGGUUGUGGACGGGAAUGAGAUGGGGGCUUCAAAGGAGCAAUUCUCAUACUUGGUCCCCAGGCUGCUGUCCAUGGAGCCCAGAAAGGGCCCCCGUGCUGGGGGUACCAGAGUGACCAUCAGAGGGGAACAUCUGGACAUUGGCUCGCAGGUCAGAGUCAAGGUUAAUGGCACACAGGAAUGUGCCAUCAAAAUGCCAGCAGCUGAUAUCAUUGAGUGCACCAUGCCUGCAGCUGUGCAAGAGCACACUGAGCCCGUGGUGGUUUGUCUGGAAUUUGAAAACCUUCCUUGUCAGGGAGAAGAGCUUAGUACGACAUACAGCUACGAGAAAAACCCCACCAUAAGCUUCAUCAAGCCCAAAAGGAGCUACCUCAGCGGUGGCAGGACCAUCACAGUGACGGGCCAAGGUUUUGAUCUGGUGCAGAGUGUUAUCAUGGAGGUGUUGGGAGUUGGACAAACUACCUGCACGGUGCACUCCAUCUCCAUGAUUAAAUGCGCCUCACCGGCCUCCAGCCAGUCCCAGCAGGCUUUGCUGCAGUUCUACCUGAACAGUGUGCUCUACACAGGAGAUAGCCCUGCCUCCUCCGACAGUGAGCCAGAGGAAGAGGAGGAGCCUCACGGAGGUCAGUUCCUGUUGGAAUACGUGGAGGACCCUCAAUUCUUCACCGCCAGCAAGGAGAAGCUGAUCAAACACCACCCCGGCGAGCCGCUCACACUCAUCAUUAACAAAGUGCCAAGCGAUCUGGAACUGGCACCGGAGGAAUACUCAGUGAUGAUUGGCUCCCAUCCUUGUGACAUCAGCUUCUACAAUGACCAGCUGUUCCACUGCACCAUCAACGGCUCGCUGAGCUCCAGUGAAAGAGAGUUGCCUGUCACAGUGCAAGUCGGGAAUUUCAUCGCACCAUAGCCAAAGUGCAGUUGGGCGGUAGUGAGCUGGCCAUUGUGGUGUCCAUCGUGGUGUGCUGUGUGCUG